CCUUAAUACCCUGGAAAUUAGGCCGGAAUCUCACAUUCCAGACAUGCUGGAAAGUUCUUAGAGAAAGCUCCUUUAUUUGAGUCACACUGAGAUGUUGGCCAAUAAAAGUCUAAGCGGACUAGCCUCCCUGGUCCCGCCCACCUGUCCCACCAAUAAAAGGCUCAGGUGCGAGUCGGUCGCUGCAGACAGCCGGGGCAUCAUGUUCCUCUUUCAGCUCCUCAACUUUUUCUUCAGCGCCUCCAAAAAUGAGGACGUCUCCAAGUACGACCUCUCCCUCUACAAGCGGGGCGACCUGCUGGAGGUCCCCCGCACCUUGUUCACCCACUUUGGCAUCUACCUGGGGGACAACCGCGUGGCCCACCUCAUCCCCGACAUCCUGCCUGUCAUCACCAGUAACAAGUCGGCCAUCGCCAAGAUGGUCACCAACAACCGCCUGCUUCUGGGGGUCAUCACCAAGGCGGCCAGCGUGAGGGUGGACUCGGUGGUGGACUUUGCGUACGGCUCCGAGAUCCUGGUCAACCACAUGGACAGGGUGUGCAGCCAGCCCCCCCUGGACGGGGACGAGGUGGCCAAAAGGGCGGAGAAGCUUCUGGGCUCGGUCACCUACAGCCUGCUGUGGUACAACUGCGAACACUACGUCAUGUACUGCAGAUACGGCAUGGCCAUCAGCUACCAGACGUACCAGUUCUGCAUGACGCUUCGCAAGAUCGUUUGCAGCCGGAUGAACUCGUACUUGACGGCGUUGUGUGGCGCGGCGGCCUUGCUGUAUUUGGGAUGCGUGACGCCGCUGACGGUUUUGGCCACCCUGCUGGUGUCCUUCACUAUCUGGAUGGCCGCCUAGUGGACCCCCCCCCACCCAACGACCUGGAGGAAGGACUCUGCUUCAAGUGAAGAUGCUUGCACUGUUGACAACGAUAAGAAGGAUCUAAAGUACGUUGGUAAACGAGAAGGACUUUAUAUCAAUAUUUUUUUGUGUACCAUCUGAUGUUUUCCUCAUCAUCAUGAAUGUCAUCAACCCCUGCUGGUCCAAAUUCAUCUCAAAGAGCAGCCCCAUCUAAAGACACAUUUCGCCCCCCACAAAUGGAUUCCUAAGGCUUUUUUUUGCCAGUUGUUAACUCUAAAUCUCUAUUUAUUUCCAUAAAAAUGUACCUUUGUUGUGCCUUCAUCUUCCAAAAUUAACAUUUUUGUUUACAUUUUGUCUUCUGCUAAUCUACGAUUCAUGACACACGGCCUCAUCGUAGUGGACUUUAGCGCCAACCGUUGCUUUAACUGCAGGCAAAUGCUUUUUUAUGUACAUGGUUUCAGAAGUAUUGUACAGUAGUUUGAUAU